AUGUCCACGAGAUCAAGGCGGUCAAGGGGUCGGCCACCAAAGACCCCUUUGUCAAAUAACCGAACAAACUUUUUGAGAAAACCCAAAGCUUUUACUAGCGCAGCCGCAAGCGAAUCAAGUUCAAGAUCAAGUACUCCCGCGAGUGGUUCCCCUGCCUCAUACUUUAGUAAGGGCAAUGGAAGAUCGCUUAGAGCAAAGAAUAGAGAGACUGGACACAGAAUUAGAAAUUUCAUCAGCCAUGGAGGUUUCCUGGAAGAAGAUGAUGAUAGGUCCAAUGCAUCAUUGGCUGAUCUUGAUCCUGAUGCAUCAAGUGAUGUUACAGGUGACUUAGAUGGUGAUAACAGUGAUGUACCUUUUGAUGAACUAGAUGAUGCAGCUUCAGACAUUAGUGAAGAGAGCUUUAGUACUGUCAGUAGUUCUGUGAGUCGUAGAAGAUUAUUCCACCGAUGUCCAAAGACACCAGAGUUACCAGAAGAUGUUGAGAUUCCAGAGGUGAUAUUACCUGUCAGCUCGAAUGAUCUUCUCAUACCAAAUGAAAAUGUUAUGUUAGCUGUAUCUGUUUUUGAAGUUCUUAGACAUUUUAGAGUUAUUUUGAGGAUUUCACCCUAUACAUUUGAGACAUUUACUGCAGCAUUACUAUGUGAAGAACAAUGUACAUUAUUAGCAGAAAUUCACAUUUGUUUGAUUAAAGCAAUUUUAAGAGAAGAAGAAGCCAAUGGAACGACAUUUGGUCCACAUGAUAUGAAAGAUAGUGUUAACAUUGCUCUAUAUUUAGCUGACGGCAUGACAUGGCCUGAAUCUGUGCGUGCUUAUCUUGACAGUGAUACCCAUCCUGAAUACCGAAGUGUUUUACCAUAUUUAGAAAAUAGAGACUUUCCAUUUGUUCCCUAUGAAGAUAAACUACAUGUAUUAAAGACAUUGACAGAUCUUUUUCUAACAACCAAUAAAGUGAGAGAAGAAAUAACAAAUGAAGGAAAUAUAAGAUAUGAUGAUCAUUGUCGUGCUUGUCAUAAAUUGGGAGAUUUGUUGUGUUGUGAAACAUGUUCAGCUGUUUAUCAUUUGGCUUGUGUAGAUCCACCAAUGGAAGAAGUACCAGAUGAUGACUGGUUGUGUAGUGUUUGUAGAGCACAUCAGGUGAAAGGGUUAACUGAUUGUAUAUCAGAAGCUGAGAAGAGUGGGUUACUAUGUAGACAAGAACCUAUAGGAUAUGAUAGACAUGGAAGGAAAUACUGGUUUCUUAUUAGAAGAAUAAUUGUAGAAGGAACAGAAGAGUGUUGGUAUUAUAGUUGUAAAGCUCAGUUAGAAGAAUUAUUACUAACAUUAGAUAGAGAAUUUUGGGAGAAAGAUCUAGUAUUAUCUAUAGAAGAUAUGAAAGAAGAUAUAUUAAAACAGAUGAAUAUAACGGAAGAAUUAACCAAUGCUUCUAAAGGCAAUAAAAAAUCGGUUUUAGAAAUAGAGACAGGUUUAAAAGAAAGAGAAUUAAAGAAAGAAGAAGAGGAAAAAGCUAAAAUAGAAGAAGAAAAGAAAAAAGAGUUAGAAAAAGAAGAAGAAAAGAAUAAGGAAGAUGAAAAAAAAAUAAUGACCUUAAACAACUUUGUAUCAGUGAUAUGUUUAUUUUCAGGAAUGGAGGGUAAUUAUAAAAUGUAUCAAAACCAGUAUUCUACCAAUACAUUAGCUCUAAAUAAACAUCAACAUAAUGAAGACAGAGAUAAACGGCGUAGUCUCUCUCAUAAAUUUAGUCUCACACCAUUAGCAGAGUUUAAAUGGAAUGGUGCUGUACAUGGAAAUCGUAUUUUGACUGUCUCCACAUUAAGAUUGAGUAUCACCCAGUUAGAAAACAACAUUCCAACUCCAUUUCUACAUCCAAAUUGGCCAAUACAUAGAACGAAUUGGCAGAAAGCUGUUCAUAUGUGUCACAAUCCACCUGAUUUUGGGCUUGCACUAGCUAUUCUAGAAGCUUGUAUUAAGCCAGUUGUAUGUAAUCCAGUAUGGACCGAUCAUUUAGGUCACAGUAAGCUUCAGAGAAUAACAUCUGCUGAAAAAGAAGAAAUGAAAAAGAAAGAAAAAAGGAGGAAUGAAGAUGAAUUUGAUGGCAGAACAGCUAUAUGGAUAAAAUACCCUUUGGGCCUGAAACAUCAGGUAAGCUACCACAGUUGA